AGCACGGGACCUCUCACGCCGAAGAAUAUGGAACUCUUGUCAUCGGUGAAAUAUGUUCAAAGCAAAGUUCAAGAUUCAACGAAAGGUAUCGAUGAUCGGUGACGAACUUGGAAGUUGAAGAUCCGACGCGUCCAGCACAGCCACCUAAGCUCAGUCCUCCGCACCCCCAUGUCAUCAAUUCCAGCGACAUCAGCAACCCAGGCCAAAGAUCGCCUUUACGGCCAGCUCGCAAGCAGCCUCGGGAGGCUUAACAGAUCUAUCAGCACUACUGCAGAUCUCUGCGAGCAGCUGCAGGUGGAUUUACAAGCUAUGAGAACCUUUGCUGGGCUCGACGCCGCCAAAUUCAUAGCGAUUGCAUCUCAAUUGAAUCAGGAAGUUGAAGGUGAUACCAGCGCGACAUCUGGCAGCGAUGAUUCACGGUGACGCGUUAAAUCGCGUAGGACAUUUUUGUAAAACUAGAA